AUGGCAGCCACCGCGAAACGCCCCGAGAUCAUCGAACUUUCCCGUGAUCUACGAGGAAUUCCACAAUGCGAGGACUAUGAACGCAUGAUUUCUGGGAUGAUGUACAAUCCCAAUACCCCCAAAUUGCUGGAAGCGCGCCACCAAUGCCGUGGUCUUGCAGCGGACUAUAAUAAUCUCGACACCAAAACCAUUUCCUACGAUCAAGUCUUUGAGAAGAGACUCGAAUUGCUCCGAAAGUUGGUUGGUAAAGUCGGCGACGGCACCUUCAUCGAGCCGCCCUUCCUACCAGACUAUGGCUGCAACGUGAUUAUCGGAAAGGAUUGCUUUAUCAACUGGAAUGUCACUAUAUUAGACACCAGUCUUGUUGUGAUCGGCGAUCGAGUCCAAAUUGGCACCGGCGCCAGUAUUUUCACUGCCGGCCACGAUACCAGCAUUCUCUCCCGUCAGAAGUUCGUCGAGUUCGGUCACCCGGUUUUCAUUGAGGACGAUUGCUGGAUUGGUGGAAACGUCAUAAUUCUUCCUGGUGUGCGCAUUGGAAAAGGUUCGACCAUUGGGGCUGGAUCUAUUGUGACCAAGGACAUCCCUGCAUAUUCGGUGGCCGUGGGCAGUCCAUGCCGAGUGAGGAAGACGAUUCAGUCUGCGGAGGAAGAGGAGCAAGAUCCCAAUAAUCCCUACCGCAAUCUGGUUCGCCAGGAUUAG